AUGAUCAACGCCGUUCUGGUUUUUAACAACAAUGGGCAACCACGUUUGACCAAAUUCUACACACAGCUGGACACCGCUGUUCAACAACGUCUGAUCUCCGAGAUUUUCACUCUUGUCUCUGCUCGGCCGUCUUCAUCAUGCAACUUCCUACCUCUACCGCCUCUUCUUGCUCCCGCGCAGUCCUCGGCAGUCUCGGAUUCUCACAACGAUGUCCCAUCCCUGGUCACGUACCGCCAUUAUGCGACUCUCUAUUUCAUUGUUAUCAGUACUAGUACCGAGUCUCCGCUAGCUCUGCUCGACCUGAUCCAAGUCUUUGUCGAGGCUCUGGACAGGCUCUUUGAGAAUGUUUGUGAACUCGAUCUCAUCUUCAACUUCGAAACGUUACAUGCUGUACUGGGCGAGAUGAUCGUCGGCGGUGUGGUUAUUGAGACAGCUUUGGACAAAGUGGUACAAGGAGUCAAGGCACAAGGAAAGGUGGCUAAGAGGCCUGUGAACGAGGGCAGCCGUACUGGCGGCCUUGGACCAGGUAUCUGGGCCGGCAGAUGA